AUGGAUACCAAAGGCUCUUCUUCUGGCGGAGUACUGAAAGGUAGACAGAAGGCUAGCACAACAUUGGUGUCAUCAUCAGCAUUUACAUUUUCAGAUUGCUUGGCAUCAUUUUACAAGAGGUGUCAAGAUAACAUCUUUCGUUUGCAAUAUGGUUUCACUGACAGGAAAUUCUUUGAGUCAUCCAUGAUGUCUCUAAAGGAAUUGUCAACAAUGCGGCCUACCGAUUCCAAGGGAUCUUUCUUUAGCUGGAGCACUGAAAGGUGGACAGAAGUUCAAAGAGGUUUUCUUGAUAGAAAAGAAGCAGAGUUCUCUACCCUCACACAAGGGUCAAAGACAGUAUUGGAAUACCAACAACAAUUUGAGGACCUACUCCAUUUUAUACCAGAACAUCUGAGAAAUGAGGCAAGCAAGACCAAGAAAUUUGAGAAAGAACUUAAACCUGAGAUUGGAGCUAUGUUGUCAACCAUAGAGAUUGAAACCUAUGCUCGGAUGGUUGAUAAGGCUAAGACAGUUGAAGAUAGACUGAAGGAAAAGUUGACUGCAUCACAAGGGUCAACCAAAAGGCCUGGCGGUUACCAGAACUAUAAUUGGCCCAAUAAGACUUUCAAGAGUCCCAGCAACCCUAGCCCAUUACAGUAUCGACGGCCGAAAGCUGGUCAAAUUUCACAAUCUUUCUGCCCGGCUUACAGCCAGUCAAACCAUUAUACUCGUCAGGGUUCUAGUCAAGCUACAACUUCCGUUCAGACUCCGCGGAAUAACACACCCUCGAGGUUCCAAUCAACUAGCCGGCCCUUCCAGCCCCAAGAUAGCAGAAGCCAAGGGAAAGUUUAUGCGCUGACCAACGAGGAAGCUGAAGCGGAUCCAGAAGUAAUGAGAGGUACUCUAAACAUAGCAUCUAUUCCUGCGUAUGUGCUUUUUGACUCUAGUGUAUCGCAUUCCUUCAUUUCUAGUACCUUUGCUAGCAAGUUGAAUGUAUCCCCCAAGAGCAUAGUGCACAAGCUUGUAGUUAGCACCCCAACUGGAAGCAUAGUAAGCUUGAAGGAAAUUCUCGACUCUUGCUCGGUAGAAAUCUACAGGCGGAACUUGAUGGCUGAUCUGGUCAGAUUCGACAUGAAGAACUUUGAUGCAAUCCUAGGAAUGGAUUGGCUGUCCACUCAUGGAGCAAAUGUCAUGUGUGUGGAAAGGAAGAUCAUGUUUAAACCUAAGAGUGGGGAUGAGUUUACCUACAAGAGUGAACCGAUGAAAAAGCCUAAGAAGGUAACGAUAUCCGUACUCCAAGCGAAGAAGUUGUUGAACGGUGGAUGCCAGGGAUCUUUGGCAACAAUUAUGGAUUUGGAAGUAAAGGUAAAACCAUUGGAAGAGUUGGAUGUAGUCCGGGAAUUCCCUGACGUGUUUCCCGAAGACCUAACCCAACUGUCACCAGAGCAUGAAACUGAGUUUGUAAUAGACCUAACUCCUGGGGCAGCCCUGGUAUCUAAGGCGCCGUAUCAAAUGGCACUCAUAGAGUUGAGGGAGCUACAAAUUCAACUGCAAGAUCUUUCCAAGAAGGGAUUUAUCCAACCCAGUGUAUCUCCUUGGGGAGUACCAGACCUGUUUGUAAAGAAGAAGGAUGGAAGCAUGCGUAUGUGCAUUAACUAUCGAGAGCUGAACAAACUCGCAAUUAAGAACCGAUACCCAUUGCCACGCAUUGACGAUUUAUUUGAUCAGUUACAUGGUGCAAGUGUCUUCUCGAAGAUUGAUCUUAGAUCGGGGUAUCAUCAGUUGAGAAUCAAGAGCAGUGAUAUCUCAAAAACAACUUUUAGAACUAGAUACAGACACUAUGAGUUCCUAGUGCUAUCCUUCGGUUUAACAAAUGCCCCCGUGGCGUUCAUGAAUAUGAUGAAUAGGGUGUUCCACGAUGUUCUGGAUAAAUACGUCAUAGUCUUUAUCAACGACAUUCUAGUCUACUCCAAGAAUGAGGAAGAUCAUGCGUGA